AUGAUCUACGCCAUGGCAGGAAUACCCCUAUGGUUAAUUAUGUUUCAAUCAGCUGGCGAACGUUUAAAUGCAUUAAUUACGUUUCUAUUAUCUCACGUAAAACGACGAUUUCGACGUCGAGGAGACGUAUCAGAUAUUGAAUUAAUUACUGUCGAAUUUGCAUUGAGUACUUGUGUUGUACUCGGCUGUUCAUUAGUAUUUUCUAGUAAAGAAAAAUGGACGUAUUUCGAAUCAAUUUAUUAUUCAUUUAUUACUUUAUCAACCAUAGGUUUUGGUGAUUUUGUUCCAUUAGCAAGUUUACAGAAGACGAAUCAGUCAUUAUAUUCCAAAUUUGGUUAUGUUAUAUUUACAAUUGGUUUUAUUUUAGUCGGUUUAACAAUAAUGGCAUCAUCAAUUAAUUUACUUGUUCUACGUUUAGUAGCAUUUAAUACCGAAGAAGCAAAAGCUCAACUAGAAGAGGUGGUGGCUAGACAAGCAUCAAUUGAUCUUCAACAUUAUGAUAAUAUUUCGCUGUUAGCACAUACAAAUCAAAAACUAUUAGUUAAUAAUCAUCAACAAUUGACAAAUAAUAACACUAAUCGUGUUCAUGUACAACCCUCUACAUCUUUAAUAUCGUUAGAAAACUCUCGUGAUCGACAAUUAAUAUCCUGUUGUUAUCAAUCAUCUCUGUUACGUUUUAGAACUAGUAGAAAACGUUAUAAAAUACGUCGUUCACCGGCUAACAUCAAACAUUUACUCUAUAUAGGAAAUAUAUUAGAAAAUAAUACAUUAUAUAUACAGCGAACUGAGAACAGUAGAAAUAUAAUGACAAAUAAUAAUCACAUUAGUGAAGGUUAUUUGUCUUCAUCGAAACGGAUAUCACUAUAG